AUGCCAAAAUUUGAUACUGGCACAGACGCAGAUUCGGGAUUUUCCUAUGUUCCUCUAGAGAAUAGUCGUCAUGUUCAUCCUCCAUCCACACUUGAUAAUGUUAGCCAAUUUGAUAAUGAAAAAUUCUUCUUAGAUGAUAACAGAUUGUCAUCAUUGACUAAGGACGAAGAAAGUAACAGUGGGAUCAUAAACGCUGAAGAUGAAAAAAAACUAGUUCGCAAGCUGGAUCUACAUAUUAUGCCUUUAUUCUGCUUAUUCUAUUUUUCUGAUUACUUGGAUAGAGCCAAUAUCGGUAAUGCAACCUUGGCUGGUUUACAAGCAGAUCUAGGGAUGACAGCGACUCAACUUAGCGCAGCUAUUUCAGCUUUUUUUAUAACUUAUAUUCUGUUCGAAAUACCUUCAAAUUGCAUACUAAAGAAAACAAGCGCGAGAUAUUGGCUGUCAUUUAUUAUGCUCGUUUGGGGCAUUUCGACUGUGCUUACAGCAUUCUGCACCAACUUUACUGGACUCAUGAUUGCAAGAUUAAUUUUAGGAGCGGCAGAAGCUGGAUAUAUACCUGGCAUUAUGUACAUUCUCUCCAAGGUUUACAAACCCAAAGAAUUCAGUUUUCGUGUCGGCAUCUUGCUUACCAUGGCUACUCUUUCUGGUCUGUGUUCCGGUCCUCUCACUUACGCUACGUCUUACCUGGAUGGUAAAAAUGGACUUCAUGGUUGGCAAUAUCUUUUCAUUGUAGAAGGUGUCCCUACUGUUGUACUCGCUAUUGUCUCCUUUUUCUAUUUGUUUGACGACUUGCAGAAUGUCAAAUGGUUGACCUUGGAGCAAAAGGAUUUACAAUCGCAACGUAUAGCGCUGCACCAGAAUGCGGACACUGGCAGAAAGCCCAUCACCAUAGAGACUUUCAAAACUGUCUUUUUGGAUUGGAAAACAUGGGCAUUUUCAUUUGUAUUUUUGUUCAAUCAUAUCAAUGUCAUGAGUAUUACUGUCUUUGCGCCUAUUCUCAUUGGUAGUUUUGGUUUUACUUCCACAACGGCUCAAUUGUUGACAGCUCCGCCUUUCGGUGUUGCUACAUUAAGUGUUCUUUUAGGUGGGUAUUUGGCAAGUCGCUUCAAUUUCCGGUCUCCUCUGCUGGCAGCUGGUUCCAUUAUCAUUGCUAUGGGUUAUUCGAGUCUGUUAAUUUUCACAAACAAGUGGGCCUUAUAUACUACUCUGUUCCUAAUUCCUAUCGGAAUGGGUUUGCAAGCUGCUGCCGCUAUUGGAUGGUCAGCCAUCAAUUAUCCAGACUUGACAGUCAGGGCUGUUGCUGUGGCUGCAGUUCUUAUGAUAGCUUUUGGGAUGAUCUUUAACUUGGUUACUUCACUUGUGUCCGCUUCUUUAUCUGGCUUAACAGGCUAUAUAUUAUACAAAGAAAAUUGUAGGAGAGAUAGUGAUCCCACUGAGAAGGUAUGUCUUUGUUGUUGCAUAGCUUAA